UUCUAUUGGAAGUGGGAAACAGAGUGUGCAUAAAUAGCCUGUUACCUGUGAAUGUCCGCACUGUACGAGAAUCAAUUGCAUCAAGAGCACGCGGCUUAUCGAGAAAGUUUUUAAAGUGGACAAAUUAAACAAUGUUUAAAUUUCGCACCAUACUGUGUGUCCUUAUUGCACUGAGAUGGUCGCAAGACUUUACGAGUGCGCAAGACUAUUGCCGUGAAACCGGUUGUAAAGUUGGUACGCAUACAAUGUGUCGUUUCAAGUCCAGAGCUCCGGCAUCUUCUUGUGGAAAGAUUCUAGUCGCUUCACUAAGUGACGGUGAUCGAAGGGCACUAGUAGAUGUACAUAACAAGUAUCGACGACUGAUAGCUUCCGGUAAGGAAACUAGGGGUCAUCCAGGGCCUCAACCUCCGGCGACAAAUAUGCGUAAUAUUACAUGGGAUAAAGAAUUAGAACAAGUGGCGCAGAGAUGGGCUAAUCAAUGCAACUUCGGUCAUGAUACUUGCAGAAUAGUAGAUAGAUUUCGUGUCGGGCAAAAUGUUGCAAUUCAAGCUACCAGAGGAACAACCGCAACAAGCCUAUUGUCGAGACUAGUAGACCUGUGGUACAACGAAGUUAAACUGUUCAACAAUACUCAUGUUUCCAAAUAUCGGUUUGAGCCAGAUGUUGGUCAUUACACACAAAUGAUAUGGGCAGAUACGCACUUGAUUGGUUGCGGUGCUAUCAGAUAUAUAGCAUCAAACGGAUGGAAUAACACGUAUCUUGUUUGCAAUUAUGGUCCAGCUGGGAAUAUAAUCGGACGACCGAUUUACAAUACACGUAACUAAUGAAAAUGACAAACUUGAAUUAAAUAGUGGAAAAUAAUGGGAUUUAUUAGUUGCGCAAGCUCAUGAUAAUUCACUGGAAUUAUUACCCGCAUGGUACAGCGCAACAUUACAGACACAAGUCCAUGUACAAUAGUGCACAUGAAAUUCUAAUGUCAAUAUAUAUGUUUUUCUUUGGCUUUAUUUAUUCAAACUAUUUAUCAAGUAAAAUAAAAAUAUUUAUAUUAACAAUUAAAAAUACUUAACAAUAUAUCAGCGUAGUUCCAUCGUUC